AUGGCAGACUCCGCCUCCAAGAGAAAACAGGGCCCUGGAGGCUCAGAAGGCUCGGCCUUGAAAAAGAGAAAGGAGGGCACAGGUGGAAGAUGGAAGACGCCGGCUCAAAAGGCAAAGCAGGCCUCGUGGGUGGAGAUGGGCAAGGCCCUUGAGGUGGGCGACGAGGGCAUCUGGGUGACGUACGCGAGGGGCAUGAAGAACAAGGCCGUCCGGGAGUUUACGGCCAUGUGCCACGAGUACGGCGAGAAGCUCUACGGCAUCAAGCCGCCCGCCGACGACGACGAGGCAGAGCCCCCCCAUCCGGCCGACGGCGGCGAAGCAGCCGAAGAGGACAUUGAGGCGUCCAUCGAGAAGGAGCUCGAGCGGAUGAAGGCGCCGCGCCCCAGGCCCAAGGCGAGAGGCGUCUUCUCGCCCGUGUCGGUGACGAUUGAGUGCGUCUUCUUCAUGAAGACGAUGAGGCCCGUGGAUCCGUGCCGGCUGGUGCGCGAGAUGUGCCUGGACGCGCAGGGGUGCGGGAGCCCGAUGGAGAGGAAGUGCAAGUACAUUAAUCGGUUGACGCCCGUGGUGGAUACGGAGAAGGCGUCGGAGAAGGGGGUGAGGAGGGUGGCGAGGAAGGUCCUUGCGUCGGUGUUUAGGUUGAAUGAGGAGGUGGAGGAGGAUGGGGGUGAUGAGAAAGAGGAUGGGGAAGAAGGAAAAGAAGGGGAGAAGCAGUACGCCAUACGACACACAAUGAGAAACCACACCGUCCUGGAGUCGCAGGCCGUCAUCAAGAUGAUUGCCGGCAUGAUCAAGCCGGAGCACAAGGUCAACCUCAAGAGCCCGGACAAGGUCAUUCUCGUUGAAAUAUUCCAGUUGUUCUGCGGCAUCUCUGUGGUCGAUGGCAGGGAGUGGGAGGAGCUGAAGCGGUAUAACAUCAAUAUGCUGUAUGGCGCGGCGGGCGAGCAGAAG